AUGGCCACCUCCUACAUUCCAGACGAUGGCGACAGCGACCUCGACCUCGACAACGACAACGAAGACAAUGGUGGCGUCCUGGUGCAGAGCUCAAAUCAACAAUCCUGUCUGAAUGAACCCGAACAGGAUGUGAACGAGUCUGAGCACUCGUCUGCUCCGCAAGGUGACGACAGUGUCAUCUACCUCUUCAGCACAGAGGCACAGCAUCCACCAUCCGCGGACGAUGAGGCGUUGGGGCCCAUCGAUGACGAAGAAGAAGUAGACAAUGAGCCGGCCAGUUGGGUGCCUCCUCCAAUCGACGACGACGACGACGAAAAUGACGACGGCCUCGAAAUCAACACUGAAGACCAUGAAGCCUCACCUCCUGAACCCGAAUCCCAAAACGAGGCAUCCCCCCCACCUGAUCUGUUCAACGUCGUCCCCAUCGAGGACCACUUGCCUGGCGAAAACGAUACGAUGAGCGCUGCUGUCUCUCCCCUGGACGAAGGCCGAAUCAGCACCAACAUGGCCGAAGACGACGACAUCGUCUGCAGCGAAGGACAACUGCGCCGUCGAAUGCCAUACAAGGUCGUCCGAAGGCCCGAGCUCUUCGAGCUAGGCCUGCCGUUCACGGACCAGAAGUGCCUGAAAAGCUUGCCGGGUGGUUUCCUGACCACGAUCCGCGGCCUCGAUCGCGCGGUGGAGGAAUUUUACGGCUGCGGCCCCAAGGCGUUUGCGAACGAGGAGGAAAGCGACUUUGCAUUGUUGGGCAUGAUUAUCAAAAGAGGUGGGCGCACCGCCACAGAGUUUCAAAGAGUCGUGUAUCCGGAGGACAUUAUCCCGUUGGUCCAGCUCGACGGUUCUCCGCAGGAGGUGCGGGAUGAGGAGUACUGGCAGGAGUUGAGGGAUCAAGGGCGCAUCUGGGACGAGGUUUGGAUGCCUUGGGAGGACGAUUCCGAAUACGAAGGAUCGGAAUAA